UCAGCUGCUGGGCGACCACCAGGAACUGCCACAAGGCUGACCACAGCAAUGAACCCUGGCACAGCCAGACCUGGUACCAGAGGUGGUCAGGGGGGUGGAGUGGCCCUGAACACAACAGUGAAUGUAGUGGACCGACCGAUGACACAGCAAGGUCUGGGCGGCAUGAAGACGGCUGCUAAAGGUCAGCGACAGGUGCAGGACAGGUCAUACUUCCUUGGUCUUAUCAGGGCCAAAAUAACUGAGCUGAACACAGAAGUGGCUAAACUCGCCAAGGAAGUGGAAACUGCCAAUGAAGAGAACUCCAGCUAUCUCUCUUAUGAGAAAAGGGCGGAGAAGUUGGCUGCUGAGAUCAGAGAUUACCAGGGAGAAUUAGGGGACUAUAACACGCUGGUGGAUAAACUGAACACAGAUGAGGAUAUACAAGAUGUGGAGUUUGACUACAAUGAGCUGAAGUCUCAAAAUGACAGAGAAAGUCAAAAGAUUGAGGAACUCUUUGAUAUAAAACAAAGCAAAGACGUCCAAAUAAAACAACUGGAGACUGAGCUAGAUCAGGAAAAGAGAAUGGCUGACAACUUGGUGAAUGACAUGGAACCUGAAAUGAGGCAGAAGUACUUCCAUCUGAAGGACACAAAUGAGCACCUGUUAAAACAGCUGGAAUCUGGUCAGCAGGAACUGGACACACUCAACACAAAACUGGACAAUUUGCAAGAGGAAUUAUCCAUGUCUCAAGUGAAGCAAGAAGCAGUGCGGUUGUACGAGCAGGUCCAUGAGUUGGAGGUGAAGAGAGACAGCUUGCUGGAGGAGGCGCAGUCUCGUGGAGACCCGGCGCAAGAGCGUGAAAAGCUGCUCAAACAGGUGAAAGAAGAUAACCAGGAAAUUGCCAGCAUGGACAGACAGGCAAAUGAGUUUAGAGAGAAAACCUCCCAAGUUCAGGAAGAUAUUCGUCAACUUGAUAUGGACAUUGAAGAAAAUCAAGGAGAGAGAAACCUUAAGUACAAAGAGCUGAAGAAAAGGGAAGAAACUAUGAAUGAAUUCCUGAACACAUUUGAGGAGACCAAGGUUCAAGAACUGGAAAAGAAGGAGCAUUUGGAGCAAAAUAUUGUGGCCUUGUUGGAACACAUUAGCAGAAACAUGGGUCGCUUUUCCCAUCUGCCCUCCCCCAAGGAACUGGCUAGAAUGAAGGAGGAUCUCUCAUUUAAGGCUGGGGAGAUGAAGAAAUCUGAGGCCACAGCAUCAGGACUGGCUUCAGAGAACGACAAGUUACAGCAGGACUUGCAUAAGGUGGAACAGCUGGAAAAUAAGAUGACCUCAGAGAUGGCUAUCAUCAAAGAGAAGAUAGAGGCUAUGGAGAAAGAGCUGGUCGUCUUCUCCAACAUUGAUGCCCUGAAGGAAAGUGCUGAGCAAAAGCGUAAGAAACUUAUGGAGGACAAGGUGGUUUUACAGAAGAGGCGAGAAACUUUCAAGAAAACCAUGCAGUACCUGACAUCGAAGUAUGAAGGCCUUAAAGCUCAGCUGAAUGAAAAUGAAACUUUUGCUCAGCUUGGAAAUUUGGAGAGAAAAUGGCAGCACCAUGAACAGAACAACUUUGUUAUGAAAGAAUUCAUUUCCACAAAGACAAUGGAGUGUGACUACCGCCCUAUUGCUCAGCAUGUCCAGACCAUGGUCACUGACUACCACAGCCUGUUACAGGACCAACUGUCAGGAAAACACUGAUUACACUAACUAUUCAGCUGUAGCAGUGUAACUAUACAUGUAUAUAGCCACAGAUUCACUAGCAUCAUAAAUGGCAGUGACCAGGUACAGCAGGCCACCAGGAAUGUACAUGUACAUAAGUUUGUAUGUGAGCUCUCAUCGCAUUGGCUGAAAGUAUUAUCUGACUGUACUGUUGAUAGGCUACAUACGCAUUUCAGGCUGUGCACUACUGCACAGGCCACAACAGAGCAGAUGUGGUCAAAUUAACAAUCGUCAGUGGUCAGUGAAGUUUGAGGUUGAAGGUUCUUUCUACAGUUGGCAAAACAGCAGCAUUUCAAAGUAACAAAUAGCGUAUAUGGAAGUACAUGUACAUGUUUUCAUGUAACAGAGGAAUGGUGGCUGUACAAUUUAUCAUUGCCAAACAUUGCUCCACGAGUACAUGCAGAAAAGCCCAAACAAUGGGUUUCAUUUUAGAGGUACAUCUGUAGGUGUUCGCUGGCAUGUACAGAUUUUUUUCUGAUGUGAUUUUUUUGACUGUGCAGCAUGGCAUUUUGUGUUCAUUUAUUUAAACAGUAUUCUGUGUUGGCCAAUAAAUUACUUUCCAUAAAUACGUCCUGAACCAUAAAGAGUCGGUGGUUUUAGUACAUCCCAUGUGUAGAUUUCUUUGUGGCAUGUUUGAUAACUUUUGUAAGUAAAUUUUGAAUCUAGAAUUAUAAAGUAGGCAUGGCAUAUGCUAAAUGAGAGAAUACAGAAACAUGAUGUGGCGUGACUCAGUGCUCUAAGCUCAUCCAGUUUAAAUGGAAAAAGGUCAAACUGGGAUUGCAUGACAUCACAACAGAAACUGAUGCAUUCUGGGCUUAUAGAAAAAACUCCUUCCAGAUUAGGUAAAAUUUAUAACAUGGCAGUGCUUUUGAUUUUCUUUGUGUUGCACGAUUUUGCUUACUUUGAACUGUUAUACAACAUUGCAAAAAUAAUAAGAUGUGCAUCUUAAAAUUUGCUUGGGAUGCUAGCUCUUCUGAUACAUAUACAAGUGGUCUAGUGUCUUUUAAGCAGACACGAUAGCGGAUGUACCUCAUUUUUGCCAUUUAACAAGUAGCCAAGCAUUGAUACAGUUUAUCCUCAGUUAACAAAUGUGAUAUGAGUAUGGUAAAGUUUUAUCAUAUUUAAUGAGUUUAGAGAAUGUACUUUUGUUCUCUUCAUUUGAAUAUGUGUUCCACCAUUUUAAGAGGACACAGAUGUUAUAUUGGAUUCUGUAACAUGUUCUCUAUGUUUUUGUUUUACAAUCAACCCUUCUGUAGUUGUUCUCUUCAUCUUGUUUCAAAGUGCAAAGAUUAUUUAAAAAACGCAUUCCGUCCAAACAGGUAAUCUAUUCCAGUUUGCCUUUAGUUAGUUAGUUUUUGAAACUCAGGCCUGUACAAUAAAUUUGGGUUUCCCAACCAGAGUGUUGGGAACAU